AUGGAAGUAGAUUCAGCAGACGAUCAGGCAAUACGUACUGGAACAAUGUACUCUACAGCUGAGAAGAUGGAGAUGAUGAAUAAAGGAACAAAUGUUCGAAGUACUUGUGAAGGGACCACGGAUAUCGCCGAUCUACGACUUGAAAGUCCUGGAAAUGAAAGAUACAAUCAACUACAAGGCGUCUUUCCUGAGCAUUCUUGCGAAGAAAAACAAUUGAAAAUAAUACCACACCAGCCUUUGGAAAUGAUGAGGAAGGACCCGACUGACCUCGAAAGAGGACUGCAUGAGUUAACAGAAGAGGAGAUCUGGGAUGAAGAAGUGAUCGGAUGCCGUAUUUGCCAUUCACCAACAGCACGCGGCAAAAAAACGCACAAGAAGCUGAUGAUAAUCGGCCUUCCUCCGAUAUUUGUUGCCCACAUCAACAAAAUAGAAAAAGACGGAUUUGGAGGUUUACGGAAGAUAGAUAAGAUGGUCACAUAUCCCAAGUACCUUAAUGUCGCACCGUUUUGUUCUUCCGCUCUUCAGAAAUAUGAGUCCGGGAAUACGACCUUAACUUGGUUUAAGUUGUUCGGAGUCGUCAGUCACAGUGGGUCGAUUUACGGCGGCCAUUACACUGCCUACGUCAGAACCAGCUCCCAGAAUGCAUCAGCUAUCCGUGAAAGCUUUCUCCUGACUGCGUGGAUUGAUCCGGAACGAAUUGAAGAUGACAUUAGGAAGUUUUGGGAGGACAGUUCUCACAGAUGUAAUAUGUCACCUUCAGAACCACCACAGAACACCAUUGAUGAGGAAUGGUAUUACGUUAGUGACACAAUGGUUCAGAAAUGUACUGAACGUGCGGCGACGCUUGACAGGAAUGCUUUUAUUCUCAUGUAUGAGAGGUGUUGUUAG